AUGCUGCAGAUUUGUCAUUUGAAAUACUGCAAUUACGAGACUAAAAGUUGCUGUUGAAGUCGUCUUGGCAAAGUGGUUAACGUACAAGCCAAGGUCAUAAUAUUAUCUAAGUAUUUGCAUGUCAUAGUACUGUGUUAUUAUAGGUUAUUGUAGGCACUAGACUACCUCUAAAUUAGCCUACCCAAUCCCCAUUCACCGUUCAGAAGAAAAGGCAAAGGAUGUUGACCUAGCAAUAGUCGUUGCGUUAUCCUCUUAGCAGGACGUAUUUGAAGUGGGGAGCAGCCUGCCCAAACCAUUCUCAGUGCGAGGACUUGAGGAGAGAAGCACUGUACACACCGCGCCUGCUCUGGUCGGCUCCUCCGACAGUGCGCAGCCUAUAUUCAGUCCCAACAAGAGACACCUUCAACCAGGUCCCGGACUCUACCUAGGCCGUUCUAACAGGACAUGCCUCGAAGAGCGAAUCAUAGAAUAAAGGAACAACGAUUCCAAUAUCUUGCCAAGGAAAAGGUUGACAUCACAUGUGAAUGAUUUGGAGAGGCAGAGGUGAAUAAACAAACGGAGCAGAUAAAGAUGUAAACAUGACCAUGUCCUGUCUCCAUCGCCACCACCACAUUCGUUUAGCUUCCCCUUCAUUUUCUGCACAGACGCAGAAUGCGUGGAAUUAUUGAUUAAAAAGGAAGAGGAAUCCAAUGUGGACGCGAGGAGAGGAGGCACUCGCAACACUGACAGUCACAUCAAUUUAGUAGCGGCCUUAUAUUUGAAGGACAGAAAUGAAGUCGUCUCCAGGAUAGCACUGUGAGCGAGUGCAUCCGACCGGGAGUUCGCUGGCGAUCUGCGGGACUGCUGCUCCCCGUAUUUGCGGCCAUGCUGCGGGAAUCCUCCUCCGAGCUCUUCCCGACUUAAGGGGCUUUUACCAGCCGAUUGUCAUAACAGUGCAUUCGUUAAAAUUAUUUCGUUGUCUAGAAGACGGAUAACCCCGAGGCUUUUUUGCAGCGUUUGUUUCAUCGUUUGCUAAAGAACCCUGCGCAGAGAGAGCUGAUCAUAUUUCACUUAGCUCUUUAGCUCGGACAUUUAUAUCCUAACAAAAUUCUGUGGAAAACAUUUAAUUAUUUAUAGGCUAUGUUCCGCGAAUUGCAUAACAAAAGUUUUGGCUUGUGUCCCGGGUUGAGUGUGUGUCUGUUUGUGUUUAUAGUAGGCACGCGUAGCAGCCAAUUCGCUCAAGCUUAUUGUGCGAGUUAGACAUUUUAUUCAAAUCUGAAUGCAUGUGUUGGAGGUUGUUUCCCCAACUGUUAUUGCACUCUUAACAGCUGGACAGUGCACCAUUCACUAGAGGACAGGUGUGUUGUCCAACUAGUCAGGUGGGGAACGAACCCAGAGGUCCUAUCCACUUUAAGGCCUCGUGACUUCGUGUGCAAGGUUUUAAUGUUUAGUGCAAAAACAAAUAUUUUUAUGCAAGUCAGCCUUGCAUGACUGCCUGGGGGGAGCAAGUCAUUUCGUACAGCAGAUUCUAACAUCUAAACAUGGGCACCAAACAGACCAAAGGUGUUGGGGGCCAAGAGGCUGGGCCCAGCCCACAGCACGGGUGGAAACGGACCCCUACCAAGGAGAGGGGUGACAUCUUCACCUCCUUCAUGUUGAGGUCAGGGGACCGGCUGAGUCGUGGAGGGUCCCCUCCGCCCUACCAGCGCCGGAUAGGCAUGAUCCAGGAGAUGAUGCUGAUGGCCAAGCAAGGCAAACAGGACAAGGCCACAGAGAUGCUGCAGACACUCCGGCAGGACUUGGGGAUGGAGUCCACGUCUCUGGAUGACGUUCUGUACCGUUACGCCAGCUUCAGGAACCUGGUGGACCCCAUCACCCACGACCUCGUCAUCAGCCUGGCCAGAUACAUCCAGUGCCCCCCCAAGACAUGCCCGGGGGAGGACUCUCUGGGUGCCAUGGAAAAGGUGUGUCGCCAGCUGACCUAUCACCUGAGCCCACACUCACAGUGGAGACGGCAGGGCAUACUGAAGAGGAAGCCGCAGGCAUGUCUCAAGGUGAUGCUGUCGACCCCUCCCCCUAACGGGGCGCUAGACCUUUCGGGCAUCCCCCUGACGGUGCGUGACAUGGAGCGCCUGUGUGCCUACCUACAGCGCCACGCGCCCAUCAUCUGCAGCCUGGAGCUGGGCUUCACCGAGCUCACCGACGACGCCUUCCUCCUCCUCCUGCCCACGCUGGCCGCCCUGCCCCGCCUGGAGACCCUGGCCCUCAACGGCAACCGGCUGACCCGUGCCGUCCUCAAGGAGCUGACGGACAGCCUGAAGGACCCGGCCAGCUUCCCCAGUGUCACGUGGAUCGACCUGGGCAACAACGUGGACAUCUUCUCCCUGCCCCAGCCCUUCCUGGUGAGUCUGAGGAAGCGCUGCCCCAAGCAGGGCAACCUGCCAACCAUCCUGGAGUUUGGUGAGAGCCAGGCCAGCGAGCCUGAGGGGAGGGUGGGGGAUGAUGACGAUGACAGGGAUGACAUCAACAGGACAGAGAGCAUGGAUGAGCUGAGGUCGGAGGUGGAGAUGGACGGAGAGACGGAGAUUGAGGAGAUGAUGGAAGAGUUGCUGGACUUUGACCUGGAGGUGCAGGGGAAGGAGAACGAGAUCGAGGACAGCAUGUGGACAAUGGAGGAGCAGAGGAGGGAGGAGACACGGGGACAGGGAAUUAGGAAGAUGGUGGAGCUAGAGGAGGAAGACACACAGAGUCAGUCCUCCCACUUGUCGUGCUCCAGCCAAUCGCAGCAUUCUUCUGGAGCGGUUGAACUGAUGAAGGAGGAAGAAGGAGAGGGGACUGAUCACUUAGACCACCUGACCUGAGCAAGAACCCCGGUCCACUCUGCUUGGAACUUACCCUCCCACGUUUUGUCUGGAAUGAGAAGAGAGCAGUAUCAGCAAGCAGUGAACGUUCGUAUAACGUUAGGUAACGUUCUUGGAAUGCAUAGGUAACCGGAAAUUGUUUCCUGGGUUGGACAUCUGGGGGAGGGGCUCUGUCAUCUCAACCGACUGGAAUAGUUCCGGAAUAACCAACUGAUCUGGGUGGACUGUUCGAACAUGGAUGCACAGUUUAAAGAGAUGACAAUCCAGGUUGAAAGAGGACAUUUGUGAUAACUGUCAUUGUUGUUUCAUUAUGAAUUAGGAUUAUAAUCCUCUGUAGUAAAGAGUAAUAGAUAUAUUAUAUAUCAAAUGUAGAAAACAAAUAAACAUUUUCUAAUAAUGGGUAUGUCAUAUCUGGCACGUUUGAGAUGUUUCAUUCAGGUUUUACUCCCUGCUCAUCCUGUCCUAUAGUUGGAGGAAUGCCUAUGUGCCAGCCACUUGUUCCCCUGUUGGUGGAGAGACUGUAUGUCAGAGAGAGACAGACAGAUGGCUGACGGAUGGACGGAUGGACAGACAGACAGGUAGAAAGACAGAAGAAGAGCGGUAAUCCCAGACAGCUUUGGUCUGUGAAAAAGCUUGCAUCUUUCUCUCUGAUACUACAGUACGUCUGUGUCUCUAUCUCUCUGACCAGCACUCUCUUCACCAAUCCUACCUACCCAGUAUUUUUUUAUGCAUAUGCGUGCUCCAGUGUGUCGAUUUCCGAUGUGAUCUGAGUGCAGUGAGAGAAACAAGUGCUAUUGGCGGAAAGAAUUGAUGGAAACCAAAAAAAAGAUUGGUUGUAAGGCGGGUUAAAAGAUGUUGACUAUAAGGCUCAUGAUUGUAAAGCAUGUGAGGGAGGAGUCUGUUACUGUGACGAAAAGCACUGUUUAGGCUAAGGAAAAGGGCUUAGGAGCUACGGUGACAGGAGCUACGGUGACAGGCGCAACGGCUACAGGCGCUACGGCGACAGGAGCUAUAACAACCCAUCUUUAGUAGCCUCACUUGUUCCCUUUAUCCCUGCCAGUCAUGUAGAGUGCACGUAUCACUUGUAACUUUUGUAUCAACACGUUUAAUAGGAUUUUGUUGUGUGGUUACAACAAUGCCAUCUAACAUGGACUGUCUCUAGGCUACGGCUAUAGAACAUUCCCUCAUUCUCAGUAAAUAUGUAGCUCUCGCACAGCGUAUGUUUUCCCAUUUGUAACAACGGUCUAAUAAAAAACGCUUUAAGAAUUAGGAUUAUGCGCUUCAUCUUCUUUGUUAAUUGUGUAUAUGAGGUACCUUAUGCCUUUAAGGGCAGUGACAUGGGGUUAUGUGUCAGCCGAGGUGAAUGCAAUUGGGUCCAGAUAUUCAAUGUCAGUUCUCAGAAGUGUAAUUCCUCAAAACUAUUAUCAUCCCCCAAACAGAUAGACAUUUGUGCUGAUAAUGUGGUUACUAUACUGUAAAUGAGAAGAGUGUGUAUUCUGUUCUCAGGCCUACUCCUAUCUGAGACAUGUCUUAUUCAUUCAAGUCUUUCUUAUUUCAGGGAGAGUCCAGUUGAACACAAUGUUGUGUGUGUGGGGGUCUAUAAGAGAUGUCAUGGACGCGUUCGCUGUCUGUGUUCCACUGUGUCUCUGAUAAAUUUCUCUGUGCGAGUGCUUUGUCUGUCUGGGCGCAGUCUCUUGUGUCUCGAUGGCUGGUUUUGGGAGGAUAGACUCAACUGCUUCCUUAGGUCCCCAGACAGCGUGUAACAGUCACGAGACACUGCUAACAGUGAUAAGAAUUGGAAGACGUUUCUCUGGAACUCAGUCCAUAUUAUCUGUCAUACUGAGGAGAUGUGAUAAUGCAGUUUCUUUGUAUACUACCGGUCAAAAGUUUUAGAACACCUACUCUUUCAAAAAAUAAUAAUUUUAAACUAUUUUCUACAUUGUAGAAUAAUAGUGAAGGCAUCACUACAACUAUGAAAUAACACAUAUGGAAUCAUGUAGUAACCAAAAAAGUGUUAAACAAAUCCAAAUAUAUUUUAUAUUUGAGAUUCUUCAAAUAGCCACCCUUUGCCAUGAUGACAUAUUUGCACACUCUUGGCAUUCUCUCAACCAGGUUCACUUGGAAUGCUUUUCCAACAGUCUUGAAGGAGUUCCCACAUAUGCUGAGUACUUAUUGGCUGCGUCUCCUUCACUCUGCGGUCCAACUCAUCCCAAACCAUCUCAAUUUGGUUGAAGUCGCGUGAUUGUGGAGGCCAGGUCAUCUGAUGCAGCACUCCAUCACUAUACUUCUUGAUAAAAUAGCCAUUACACAGCCUGGAGGUCUGUUGGUUAUUGUCCUGUUGAAAAACAAGUGAUAGUCCCACUAAGCCCAAACCAGAUGGGAUGGUGUAUCGCUGGAAAAUGCUGUGGUAGCCAGGUUGGUGAAGUGUGCCUUGAGUUCUAAAUAAAUCACAGACGGUGUCAACAGCAAAGCCCCCUCACACCAUAAUACUCUUCCUCCAUGCUUUACGGUGGGAAAUACACAUGCUGAGAUCAUCCAUUCACCCACACCGUGUCUCACAAAGACAGCGGUUGGAACCAAAAAUCUCCAAUUUGGACUCCAGACUAAAGGACAAAUUUCCACCAGUCUAAUGUCCAUUGCUCGUGUUUCUUGGCCCAAGCAAGUCUCUUCUUAUUAUUGGUGUCCUUUAGUAAUGGUUUCUUUGCAGCCUUUCAACCAUGAAGGCCUGAUUCACACAGCCCCCUUUGAACAGUUGAUAUGUGUCUGUUACUUGAACUUUGUGAAGCAUUUAUUUGGGCUGCAAUUUCUGAGGCUGGUAACUCAAAUUAACUUAUUCUCUGCAGCAGAGGUCACUCUGGGGCAAACUACCUGCCCUCCAGAACACCUACAGCACCCAAUGUCACACAAAGGCCAAAAAGAUCAUCAAGGACAACAACCACCCGAGCCACUGCCUGUUAACCCCACUACCAUCCAGAAGGCAAGGUCAGUACAGGUACAUCAAAGCUGGGGCCGAGAGACUGAAAAACAGCUUCUAUCUCAAGGCCAUCAGACUGUUAAACAGCCAUCCCUAACAGAGAGGCUGCUGCCAACAUACAGACUCAAAUCUCUGGCCACUUUAAUAUAGGUAUAAAGGUAUCACUAGUCACUUUAAAUAAUGACACUCUAAUAAUGUCUACAUACCCUACAUUACUCAUCUCAUAUGUAUAUACUGUAUUCUAUACCAUCUACUGUAUCUUGCCAAUGCCGCACGGCCAUCGCUCAUCCAUAUAUGUAUACGUACAAAUUCUAUUCAUCCCUUUACAUUUGUGUGUAUAAAUAAGGUAGUCGUUGUGAAUGUGUUCGAUUACUUGUUAGAUAUUACUGCACUGUCGACUAGAAGCACAAGCAUUUCGCUACACUCACAUUAACAUCUGCUAACCAUGUGUAUAUGAACAAUCAAAUUUGAUUUGAUUUUGCGUCUUCCAUUCCUGUGGCGGUCCUCAUGAGAGCUAGUUUCAUCAUAGCGCUUGAUGGUUUUUGCGUUGCGACUGCACUUGAAGAAACCUCAAAAUUUAUUUUCCGUAUUGGCUGACUUUCGUGUCUUAAAGUAAUGAUGGACUGUAGUUUCUCUUUGCUUAUUUGAGCUGUUCUUGCCAUAAUAUGGAAUUGGUCAAUUACCAAAAAGUAUAUCUUCUGUAUACCACCCCUACCGUGUCACAUCACAACUGAUGGGCUCAAAUGCAAUAAGAAGGAAAGGAAAUUCCACAAAUUAACUUUUAAGAAGGCACACCUGUUAAUUGAAAUGCAUUCCAGGUGACUACCUCAUGAAUCUGGUUGAGAGAAUGCCAAGAGUGUGCAAAGCUGUCAUCAAGGCAAAGAGUGGCUAUUUGAAGAAUCUCAAAUAUAAUAUAUAUUUCGAUUUGUUUAACACUUUUUUGGUUACUACAUGAUUCCAGAUGUGUUAUUUCAUAGUUGUGAUGUCUUCACUAUUAUUCUACAAUGUAGAAAAUAGUGAAAACCCUUGAAUGAGUAGGCGUUCUAAAACUUUUGACCGGUAGUGUAUACUUGUUUGAUGGGAAUCUCUGGCAACUCAAUCCUCACUGUCCAGUGCCCACAGGACUGCAAUUUCCCCUCCAAAACCAGUGGAUGAUUAUUAGUGGAAUAUUAAAUCAAAACAAGCAAAAUGUGCCUGAGUUAAUGGAGCAAACUAAACAGUUAAAAAAUAUAAAUAAACCAAAGGUGUGUACUGGAAUCUCUAGACUUGUGUGUACUUGAAUUUCGCUAUUAUGAUAUUGAGUGUAUCAUGGAUUCAUAAGGAUCAUCAACAUUUCAAGGAUUCUCUCUCUCUGAAAGGGAAAAGGGUUAUACGAUUCUUAAAGCAUGUCUGUAUGCAACUUUGAGUUCUUUGCUCUCUCUCUAUCUCUGUCUCUCUCUCUCUCGCGCGCUCUUGUUGUUCCUUGCUCUCUCAGUUUAGGUGAUGAAUUGGAAAGGAAACUUCUGUGUAUUUCCAUGAAAUGAAAACCAAGUGACUUGCUGUCUUGCCAAUGCUAUGAAAUAAAAAGAAUAAAUACUGUAUUCUGGAAAACA